AUGGAUGUCAAACCUUCCCCAGAAUUCCCCCCUCUCAGUUUAAAUGAAUAUCCUCGAAUUCCAACCCGGACGUCAAAAGAAAUCUUGGAAAAGUUGCGCGCCUUUUACGAGAACGGGAAUAUCUUUGCAUUCCAGGGGAUGUUGCAAUCACAGCUCUCAAGCAAUAGGUCGACAAGUUUCGAUAUAUGUGACCUCUAUGAGAUCAUGAUUGAAGCUAUCGAACGCGAUGAGAUACAGUUUGUCAAAGAACUUUUCCGUCACCACUUACCUAUGGAUCAGCUUUACGCGUUGCGUGCAACAGAGAUGAAGGCCAAGAAUACACUCCAGGUUUUCCUUGACAAUGGAUGGGACAUAAAUCAACCGAUUACCCCCCAGUUCUCGGGUGAUUCCCAAACUUUGAGGAUCUCGGAAUUUCUCAAACGUCCCAGCUCAUUGAUUUUGUUUACCUCUUCCAGUUAUGCCAUUGAAGAUGAAGACAUGACCGCGUGGCUUCUUCAUCGUGGAGCAGAUCCGAAUCAACGGUGUGCGAUUGACCUCACUCCACUCUCAUAUGCAGCUGAACGCGCCCCGAUAUCUACGAUCAAGCUUAUGCUAAGCUGCGGCGGCGACGUUCAGAAAGGGCAGCUUCUUCAUCAUGCAAUUGAUCGAGAGUCGGAUGUUACCAAGGUUCUACAACUCCUCAUCGAGAGAGGCGCCAACAUCAACACAAUCAUGUACCAGGACGAUUAUUCUUCUUGGAGACUGUUCUAUUUUAUGGGCCUAGGCACAGCCCUACACAAAGCAGCUGAGCUUGGAAAAGCGGAUGUGGUCCGAUAUUUGAUCAGUAAAGGGGCGGACCCGAGAAUUACAGAUGCCGAUGGGCGUAUUGCCGAG